UUCCAUUUUUGAAAUGCUCUGUGCUCCCAAGAGUAUCCCCAGGAGCUCCAUUCAGUGCUUCUCGACCUUGGCGACUGUUAAGGUCUGAGAGUUCCUUCUCCUGGGCAAGAGACUAGCCAUUUGUGAGCAGCAUACCUGAACCUAUAUUUUUGUAAGGACUAGAAACGAAGAAGACAUCCACCUGGCACCAUGUCAGCAAGACAGGCAGGUUCCCAGGUUAAGAAUUUUGAAGCUUGGGAUUAUGUUGUAUUUGCAGCUCUUUUUAUCAUUUCUUCAGGAAUCGGAGUAUUCUUUGCUAUAAAAGAAAGGAAGAAGGUGACUUCUAGAGAGUUUUUAGUGGGGGGCAAGCAAAUGAGCUGUGGUCCAGUGGCUUUAUCCUUGACUGCUAGCUUCAUGUCAGCAGUCACUGUUCUGGGAGCUCCGGCAGAGGUCUAUCGUUUUGGGGCAUCCUUCCUGCUUUUCUUCAUAGCAUAUACAUUUGUCAUCAUCUUUACCUCUGAGCUCUUUCUGCCAGUUUUCUACAGGUCUGGGAUUACCAGCACUUAUGAGUAUUUACAGUUAAGAUUUAACAAGGUGGUCCGGUAUGCUGCCACACUAAUCUACAUAGUGCAGACGAUUCUCUAUACCGGAGUGGUGAUUUAUGCUCCUGCUUUGGCACUCAACCAAGUGACUGGCUUUCAUCUCUGGGGAUCUGUCUUUGCUACAGGAAUUGUCUGCACCUUCUACUGUACUCUGGGAGGAUUAAAAGCAGUCGUGUGGACAGAUGCAUUUCAAAUGGUCGUCAUGGUGGUAGGGUUCUUGACGGUUCUUAUACAAGGAACAGCACGUGCUGGUGGAUUACAGAAUGUAUUAGAUCAAUCAAAAAAUGGGUCUCGACUUGAAAUACUUGACUUUGAUGUGGAUCCCUUGAGAAGGCAUACCUUCUGGACAGUUGCUGUCGGAGGAACUUUUACAUGGCUCGGCAUCUAUGGUGUUAAUCAAUCCACGAUACAGAGAUGCAUCUCAUGCAAAACAGAAAAACAUGCUAAGAUUGCUCUCUAUCUUAACUUAGUUGGUCUCUGGAUAAUUCUGGCCUGUGCAGUCUUCUCAGGACUGAUCAUGUAUGCUCACUUCAGGGACUGUGACCCCUGGACAGCUGGUAUCAUCUCAGCACCAGAUCAGCUGAUGCCGUACUUUGUAAUGGACAUAUUUGCCUCAAUGCCGGGACUUCCAGGACUGUUCGUUGCAUGUGCCUUCAGUGGGACUCUGAGCACAGUGGCCGCCAGCAUCAAUGCCUUAGCAACAGUGACUUUUGAGGAUUUUGUCAAGAGCGGCUUUCCCAAUCUUUCGGACAAGCUGAGCACCUGGAUCAGUAAAGGCUUAUGCUUGUUAUUUGGAGUUCUCUGUACCUCCAUGGCAGUUGCUGCAUCCUUCAUGGGAGGUGUUGUUCAGGCUGCCCUGAGCAUCCAUGGCAUGUGUGGGGGACCCAUGCUCGGCCUAUUCACUUUGGGAAUUGUAUUGCCUUUUGUCAACUGGAAGGGUGCAAUAGGUGGCCUCCUGACUGGAAUCAUCCUGGCUUUCUGGGUGGCCAUUGGGGGAUUUGUGUACCCAGCUCCAGCAAUCAAGACCCGUCCCUUGAUUUUAUCAACAGAACAAUGUGUCCAACUGAAUAUGACAGAAGCAUUACUCACAUCGGCUCCUCCAGUGAUUGUUAACAGACCAGUCCUGGCUGAAACUUGGUACUCGCUCUCCUAUCUUUACUACAGUGCUGUGGGGUGCUUGGGAUGCAUCCUUGCUGGUUCCCUUAUCAGCUUCCUAACAGGUCCAGAGAAAGGCAAAAAUAUUGAGCCACGAUUGAUUCGACCAGUUGGAAAUCUGUUUUGCUUUUGGUCUAAGAAAUACAAGACAUUAUGCUGGUGUGGAGUUCAACAUGACAGUGAGACAAUUCUUGACAAUCUUGAAAAUGACACUUCCUGGAAACAAGGAACUGAAUCUGCCCUGCAGAAUGGACUUAAAGACAACCAGGACCAUAUUCCUGGCUAUAAUCCGGAUGAGAAAAGUUACACCAAUCUGGCUGCUGAGAAAGUCACCCAUUUUUAGGGACUAAAGUCUGCUUCUUGUCCCAA